AUGUCAUCUGCUACUUCCAUCGGAUUUUCAGCAAAUUCGUGGUUGCUCUGUCACGCACGAAUGCCUCCUUCAUGUUUUCCAGUUUCAGUGUCUUAUUCUUCUUCUUGGAACUCUUCUAAGUUCAACCAUUAUACUCAGAGAGCAUCCUCUGAAGGACUUCCUAAUGAGUUGAUUGAAGACUCGAAAUUUGUUCCUUUGAAUGCGGAGGAUCCUAUAUAUGGUCCACCUGCCUUAUUGUUGUUGGGCUUCGAAGCAGAUGAAGCUUUGAAGAUUCAACAGCUUUUGAAGGAGCUAGAUGGUGAAUUCCUGAAGGUCAUUUACUGUACUGAACACAUGAUUACACGUUCGCUUUGGGAUGCAAUGCAUACAACACAACAGAGUUUGGAAGAGGUCAAGAUAGCCAAGUCACUUCCACGGAUAUGUUUCCUAUCUGGUUUAAGCGGAGAGGAGAUGAUGAUGUUCAUAGAUUCUUUUCCGGAAACUGGACUGAAACCUGCUGCAUUUGCUGCACUUGUUCCCAACAGUGCCAAUAAACCUCUGCAGGAAUUGAUAGAAGAAAUAAUGGGAGACCACGAGAUGUUGACUGGAGAACAGUUCUGA